AUGGAGUCGUUUCUCGCCAACGUGGACGGCGCGCGCCUCAAGGCGCAGCUAAACAAAAUUAUCGCAGAUGUGAACGCCGUCACGUCCGACGCGGCCGCGGGUGUUUCAGCCAAAAGCACCGAAGAGGCGGGUCAGUGCAUUCUCGAGUUCGCGAAGUUUUUCGUGUCGGUAGCAGAGCAGCACGGCACCACUCCACACGCUGUUCUCGGCCAACACAUCGUCUCCAACGUGCUUGUCUUCGUGCUAGAGCAAAUUGUAAAGCCAAACCUCAUGACGUACUGCCGCGUCGCGGAAAAGAAUGCCGCAAGCACCGUGGCUGUUUCUGGGGAUGCCAUCAAUGCAGCACGCGGUCGAGCGGCGCAACUCCGGUCCGGGACUGCCUCGGUGGCCACCGGACGUCGUGACGCGCUGGAGGCGCGACGGCGGCGCCUGCGGGGCGACAUUAUUCGUCCCUUCACCCAACUCUUCCAGAGUCUGCACACCUCACUCGCGGAGGAGGGUGAGCCACUAAUGUCGUGGGGCGCGGGGGCUGGCAGCACCACACUGGGCGGAACACGGAGCGCCACUGCCUUGCACGCUGGUGGCGUGCAUGACGAGCUUCUGGCAAGCGCAUCGGUUGGCGGCGCUCCACCGAAGUCCUCUUCGAUGUCGGAAUGGUUUCACAGGGGUGAGCAGCGCGCAGGCGAACAUGGGGCCCCGGAGGAUGUCUGGGGUAGGGGCGACGAUGCCCACGACGACGGUCUGUAUCUCAGCAGCUUCCGUGGCGAGUUGAGUCAGGCGCCGCUGCUGUGGAAGAACGCGUCCCCGCUCAGUAUUCUCUGCAAUCACAUUCUCGAAGUACUCGAGAGUGAAUGGCUUGUCGCUGUGGUUGGCGCUGACUACGCGGGACUUCUGAUCGAGGUGCUUCGGUGGUCCGGCUACGCCCGCCUGAUCACGCCAGCAUUCCUGGUGCGUCUCUCACAGCGCCUUGCCACGUUGAUACAACGCGUGUGUGUGGAGGAGGAGACCAACACUGACGUGUUCAUGGUGGCCCCGAACCUCGUAGCUCAGGAAGUGCCUGGCGGGCGACUCUGGGUAGCUGCGCCAUGCGCUGACGACGCAUGCGUGUAUGCGCAGGUACUCAUGCGACUCUGUGCCCUUCCGCAGAUCACCACAGCCUACCCGCCAUCGUCGUCCAUGGCGGCUGAUGGUGGCAGGCAUGGGGAUGGCGAUGCCUUAGCGGCAUUGACGUUGGUGCGGCGAGUGAUCGAGGUGGUGAAGGAGCGGCAUCGGGCCCCGACACCGGAUCUACGGCUAGAGGCCUACUGUAUCGCGGUGCUUCGUCAGCUUUGCCAUCGGUUUCGCUACGACCACCCCACCGCUGCCCGCGCCCCGGUCGAGGUGGUAAAGCUGCUCUGUGACUUCUUCUUCCUUCCGCACCACACGCCCCGUCACGAUGUGUGGCGGCUGGAGACGAUGCAGUUUAUGACAGUCAUACUCUCCGUGGCAUUUGCCGACGUUGUAGGCGAGGAGCUGUGGCAGGACGUCCACGCGCACAGCCGCCGUACAGUCGCUGAUGCGGCGGACGCUGUGACAGCGAUGGCAUCGCCGGCCGCACACGACAUGCUCGACAGAGCCGAGACCAACGAAGGUGUCGACUUGGUUGAUCGAGGAGGCACAGCCGGUGCUGCAGCUGCGUCGAGUGCGUUGCUGCGGCCGCCAACGAGGAACCUCCUUGUUCUCCUUCACCAGUCUGUGCUUCCGACGAUGCACCUUAUCUUCACACAGCACCGACACACAUACAGUUUCACCUCUCGUCGAGAGCUCUUCAGCUUUCCCUGCUCGCCAUUGCAGGAGGUAUUCGACUUUGGCGCCGUUGUGCUCUACAUCGCAUCUGCCACGCAUGGUGCCUACUGUCGAUGGAAGGCUGCACGGGAGAAUCGUAGCCGCAGCGGCGGCGGGCACACCGCGCGCUGUGGCAUGGUAGUCGGUCAGGCGAAUGACGAGGCGGAGGAUGACGAGGACGAAGAGAAGACGCGGCACGACUGCACCAGAUCUCAGGCGAGGCGAGCAGACAAGCGUCUUCGAGGGAUUGCGCCAGACUACGUCGACGCGAGGGAUGGAGUAGUAAGGGGCAGUACCGAUGAUGCGCCAGACGCUCCACGAAUUCCGCCACCGGCGACUCCCCACCCUGCUGAGCUCCUGGUUGACGCCCUGCAAGAGGAGUUUUUCAUGCCUGCUGGGCCGCUGGAAAGCGACACCGUCGCUACUACUGCUAGCUCCAGACACGAUGACCAGCAGCAACCUCCGCAAUCUGCCGUCACUCGUGCUCGACGGCGAACCAGUGGCGCCCCAUUGGUACUCCGCUUCGGCAGCUCGAGCAUCCGUACCAGCAGCGCCACUGUACAGGACGUCGUAUCCGACACGGCUCUCUUCCUGCUGCAUCUCUUUGCCCAGCCGUGCGCGACGCUGCGGGUGCCGGAGACCGUCGCCGACCGCCUUGUCGAGGAUGUGCUCCUUCCACUGUGUGGUCACUUUAGGCUUCGACUGGGGCCGCUGCUCCUCGCGGCGGUGAAGGCGGUGGCACCGCACUGCUGUCUUUCGGCGCAGCACUACGCCUUCGCGGUGGUGGCGCGGCGCUCUCUGCCGACGGCGGCAACGCCAGCGGUUGCGCCUUGGGCGGGCCGUACGGGCGGUGUCAGUGGCAGUGCUGCCUUGAUCGUUCGGCAUGACGAGGACGCGCUCGCUCCGUCUGAGCCGGUCUAUCAAGUGCUGGUCGUCCUGCUCGAACAGCACCUCCACCGCCGGUACGAGGUAGCGUUGUCUUCAGCAGCACCAGAUAGUGCGCCGAGGAGCGGUGGUCUUGCGGGUGCCUCCGGCAGUGGGCAUCUACCGGUGUUGUCUGGAGCUCUGCUGAGCGGCUUACUGGUUUCCUGGGGCGAUCACCAUCGCGCUCUCAUUCAGCGCGCCGUUGCGCAGCUUCGUGCGUGGGAGCGGGACAUGCGUCGCGUAUGCGAGGGGGUAGGCGCAACCGCAUCGCCCACCGGUGUGGCUGGGGAGUCUACGCGGCUGGACACUACCGUAAACGCUGAGAAGCGCUCGCACGCCGUGGGCGGUGUCUACGACGCGCAUCUUCCCGUGCUCUCCGCCUCGCUGGUGCUGCUGCUCACCCGCUUUGCUACGCUGGUGCAGUGCACACGGCUGUGGGAGAUGACCCUCCCCCCGUCCCCCUCCACCCAGGUAGACUCUGGGACGAUGGAAGCGGAGCCGCAGCGACCCCACGUGUUGGACGACGAUCACGCAGGGGACUUCAGCGACGGUCCUUCGGGAGACAUCGGCCUCCUCUUCUUGUGCCAUGCAGCCGCCAAUACAACGUUUUUCUUUGGCUCUGCGCAGGCCAUUGCACGCGCAUCGGAUGGUGGCAGCGGCAGCAGGGACGUGGCCGGUGGAGGUGCACCCUCCGUCAGGCAGGCAGGCGGCGUCGGCGCUGAUAUCCUGGCGGCAGCAAGCGUCUCCCUAGGGGCGAGGAGCUCGCUGAGCGGAGUCGAUACGAUGGCACCCCUCUCUGCUCCUCAGUUUAUGGCAUGGCUCGACUUAGCGGAGACCUACGCAUGCACGGCACUGCGCAUGUGUCUCGCGCGCCAGCAGGUGGCGGAGCGGAUGGGGAUGGCGGCCUCCAUGCAACUUGGCCAAGGGAUAGCACUGAACGGCAUCUCCUCACUCCCCACUUCAUCCGAGGCCAUUGCACCCCGCCUGCGAGGCCCCCUUCGCUAUGAGGUGAGCGCCUAUGUUGAACACGUGUGUACGCUGCUCGAUGCGGCAGUGACGUCACCGUCGUCACACGUCCCUGGAGUGCUCUGCGACGCAGCUGACGCGCAGUGGAUGCUUCGGCUGCCAUCCCGAAUGAGGACCGGUCGCGCUGAUGUGCAAGACGGCAGUGUCUCGGCGGAGGACGUGGCGGCCGAACUGGACAAGGAUGGGAGAGCAGGCACGGACGUGGCUGCGUUCAGCAUAGGUGCGUCAGAACACCCGUUGCCAGCACCUCGCCGACCAGUGCCACGGGCGUUUCAGAUGAUGUUGACACUGAGUGUGCAGGCGUCUGUCGCAUGGCUUAUGAGGCGUGCCCAGCUGAGGCACGCCCUCGCAGAGUCGACGGCUGCCGUUGUAUUACAGCAUGAAGCCAACCACAAUGGAGGCGGUGGCCCACCAGAUGCUCACACCGCCGUGCGACUGGGCUUGGACGCGUCAUCGAUGGCGCUCCCGUUGAGUGUACAGUGUGUACAAUUUUUGCAUCUCUUACUGCGGUGGCGGCGCGCUGGACUCUGGUCACCACCUGAGAAAAACGCGUGCGCACGUCACCUCUCCGAUGCAGCGGAUGAACGUGGUGUUGCUACUGCUGGGGUGGUGAAGGACACACCACCUGUGCACUCAGUGGCGGGUGGCACAAGGCUCAGCGCAGCAAGCGGGUGCCCUGAGGGCGCUACCGAGGUUGGCGGCGGCACCGCCACUGACCUCGACGUAGGCGAAGAGGCCUCGGCCGCUCGUGCAGAUUUGUGUUUGCUGUGCGCCUCUCCCAACCUCUACGCGGCGCCUCUCUCUCUGCUGGAGCGCUUCUCUGCUGCCGGCGGCGGCCGCCUCUACUACGCAGUGCUGUGGCUGUGUCAUCAUGUCGCGACAGAGCUCGACCACGCACAUGCGGUUGACGCGUCUUUUCCGCUGUGGACGGCUUUGCAUGUCAUGUAUCGCGAUGUCGGCACAGUUCUGCUGGACCCGGCCUUUGCCUGUGUCGACCCUCAGCGCACGAUUGUACAGUUUACCGCCACGCUGACUGCGCGAAUCUUCGAGGAUGGCGUGCGUGGACUCAGUCGAUGGCGCCCCUCUAACCCAACCUCUCGGGAGGUGUCGCGCAUUGUGGCGGUAUCGCUGUACCUGUCGGUGGACACGCUGCGCACCGUGCUGCAAGCCUGCUCACGCACGCGCAUCGGUGCCUACACUGCGGAGCCACUAGCGGACAUCUCCGCGAUUUGGCGCACCGUUGUGGUCAUACUGCAGGAGCAGUCCCUCCUUGACGCGGCUAGUGCAGAUUCAGACGCGGCACGCAGUGCUGCUCGAGGACGCAGCGAAGGCGAUACCGCAGCCCUGGACGAUGUCGUACUGCCGAACCAACACCGACUACUUCAAAAAUUCCCUUUCCUGCCGACGGUGCUGCUGGCGCUCCCAGCUAUGCUGCGCCUCCUGGCACUCCUCGGCUGCUUGCCGCCACAGCAGGCGAGUGCGUCCACAGGCGCCGCUGCAGAUGGGCAAUGCUGCCGGGCUGUAAUACAGGUCCUGCAGGUGCUGUUUGCGCGCUACCGCUAUCAGCUGGGCCCAGGUCUAUGCAGCGGCCUCCUCUGUGGCGCCGUCGCUGACAUCCGGUGGUCGGUCCAGCGCCGAUGUCCUGCGACCAUAUGGGACGGUGGUGAGCAGCAGGGCUGGCAGGGGUGCAGCGAGGCAGUCGCGUUCCUCUACGCACACGGGGGCCGCCUUUUGGAGCUUUGGACAGCUCAGCUCACAGACGACAGACGCGUGGAUAUGCCAGUCUGCACUCCUGCCUGGCAGUGCGCGCUUCUUCAGGCGGCCUUCACGGUGCUGCCACGCUGCGAGCCAGCCGUGGCUGAAGUGCUGGGCCGCUUUUCUUUUGAGUUUCUCGCCGAGAAGACGCCGUAUGCGGUUCGUCACCACGCGGCGCUGCAGGUCGGCGCGUUAUUCCGCGCCUUUUCUGCCCGGCGCGCUCAGGUGUUUCGCACUCUCCUCACGAAGGCACGUGACGGCAUGUUUUCCUCCACCCAAACACUCUGCUCGACGAGCCUGCUGGCCUUGUCAGAGGCCGUUCGAGCAGCUCCGGAGCUUCUGGAGGACGUGCUGUACACCCUGCUUGAGUGCUGGGCGACCCGCGGUUUCACGCACCAUCGACUCGUGGUAGAGUGUCUUGAGCGGCUGUCGGCGUGGGUGCUGGAAGGCGCCGCUUUGGAGGUGACACAGGUGAGUGGCGCAUCGCUGCCGCGCUCGCUUCCCUACACUCACCUAUGCCGAAUGCAUGUCCGGCCCCUCCUUUUCAUGUGGCUGUGCGAGUACCGCCAUCCUCAGACAGCGCUGCCGGUGGAGUGUUUCGGCUACGCGACCCAAGCCGCGUUUGUCGAGCAUCACCUCUCCGAGCUCUCCCCUCUGGCGCUGCUGCUCAUGACCGAGUCGACGGAGGCGCAGUGGUCCCUCUUCGCGACGCGCCGCGGCGGGGGCGAUUGCGCGGCCGUCUCCGCAGACAAUGCCCUCUACGAGCAGCUGGUUUCCAUAUACGCUGAUACGCUCGCGAAAAAGAUGCAGGAGGAGCCCAAGCGUGCUGGAGAGGCGCUGACUGCAGCGAGACGACGUCGUCGAACGGAGGUAGGCGGCAGUGAGGCGACCGCUAAGCAGGACGAGGCCACGGCAGUGGAAUCACAGCAGAGUGCCGCUAACCUGCCAGACGUGGCAGCUCUCCACCGCCUCGCUCCUCUGUGCCUGCUGCUGACGUACUUACCAGACAUUUUGGCGCAACUCCUCGUCCUCACGUCUCACGCGCUGGUGCCAUCUUUUACUGGUGACGCUGCGGGUCUCGUUCACCUCGGAGAAGCAGAGGACUCCCGCAAACACAUCGGCUGGCCCCGUCGUGUGAGCCACGUGGAGACUGCAGCCGAACUCCGCAGCGGUGGCGGCGCCCACUCGAGUCAUGUAGACGCAUCGGACUUGACGCCAGCGUGGACUUCUGUGGCACAGCGGUGCUUAUACUGGCUCGAGGCCCAGUUCAACACGGCUGAGGCGACGUUGUUGGUGCAGAGCGUGAACCUGGUUCUCGCUGGCCACCGACACAUGAGCGGUAGUUCGGCACAGCCACUGUUCAGCGCCGCCGCCGCACGGGCAGUCUUGUGUAACCCCACCACGGCGUCGAACGCAGCGGAAGUGCUCCUCUUCUACCUGCAGCAUCGCAGUGUGUGGCCACACAAGCGAGCUGCGUUCGACGUGCUGCUCGCUGCGCAGGCAGAUGCCGUUAUAGAGGCCUUGGUGGGGCUUCACCGUCCCACUGCCGAGCCAGAAACACUUGUCUACGGAGCACCUGAGCAGCUGCAGCGCGCUCUCUCCUGGGUGGCCGAGAAGAUCACCUCCGUACCGUUGCUGAGACUUGUUGGUCAUGAGAAGACUGGUAUGCUGCUCGCAAGCUUGAACGAGGGCCGUGUGGCAGCGAGUGCUGAAGAGGACCCAACGCAAGGGUCGACCCCUGGUCAGACUUCGAGCGACCCAGCAGACUGGGAGGCGUAUUGCCUCUCCUUGCUCGUACCCCCUGCAGUAGCGCCCGAAGGUGAGUUUAACUCGCCAAUGAUUCAUGAGCCGAAUGCAAGGCGAUCUGUCGAUCCUGCGUUCCUCACGGAGGACGUCAUGACAGGGUUUUUACUGCAAGGCAACGGCACCUACCUCUACGCACUCCUGCACGCGGUGUACCGCAGCAGUGCGGCGCGGUUGUCUCUGGAGCUGCAGUUCCGCGCGCUUCAGCAAGUAUCGUUGCUAGCGCACAUUUCCACUCACUGGUGCUCUGCUCGUGUGCUUGCUGAGCCACAUGCCCUGCGGCUAGUGCUCACCCACCUUCUUCAUUGCCUUCGGCGCUCCCCUGCGGCGGCGGCGCGGCGACUUGUCUGCGGCGCGCUGCUGCAUGUCUGGCAGGUCGCCCGAAUCGGCUGCCGUAACAUUCAGCACCCCAGAUGGGAAGGGUCUGCACCAGCAUCCCAGCUCCGCCACUGCCGACUCAUACUGGCGCGCAGCCUUGCACCUUUGGCGGUGGUUUCGCCGCUGAUUGCCUCAACGUGGGCUGCGCUGUGCCGCAGCGACCCAGACCUGAAGCGAUUUGACUGGCAGCAGGAGGCUCUCGCCUAUCUUGGCACUGAGAGUGGGCGUGUGACGGGAGCCGCCGGCGAACCAAGCGCUGACAAUGAGAAGCUACAACCUGCGUGUCGCGUCGUCGACGUGGAGGAGCCCACGGAUGACGAAGCGGAGAAGAAUGAAGAGGAUGCGGCGCGCAGUGGAGGUCUUGAGGGGUCUGCCGGCGUUGACUGCGGCCUGGAGCUCGAGGGGGAACAGUGGCCCUGGACGGUCUACGAGGCACAUCGAUCUUCGUUUUUGGCGCCGCUCUCCCGCACGCGUGCGCGCAUCCGCCUUUUGGGGCUCCGGCGACUUCUUCGCUACGUCUCGGGGCACGACGAGGAGUGUGGUGGGGACGAGCCGGAGGACGCCCGGGAUGCUGUGGAGGGAUCGGGCGGCAACGUGGACGUGGACAGGCUCACCUCACCGGAGGGCUGUGCUGCUUCCAUGCAGAUGCGCCUCGCGUGCACUGGCGCCACGCCUCUUCCCCCCGCACCGCUGCUCCAAGAUGUUACUGUCGCUGUGGACUCAGCUCAGUCGCUGCUUGUACGGUGCCUGCGUGUCGCAUCGGUGUGCCUCCGUGCCGGCCACGUACCACCGGCUGCCGGAGGACCUACUGUGCAUCGUCACUCUCGCGCUCGAACGUGCGGCUCGCUACGGCCAGCUGAGUUAUCCGCGCUCGAAGUUCGCGCUGUCAUGCUGGACACCAUUCAGUAUCUCUACUUCCUGUGCCACCUCAACAUGGCUCCCUCCCCAACCGAAUACGCGGCCGCACCGGAUCGGCCUCACUUUCUUUCACCAAUGUGUACGGCCGGAGAGGACACGCACGGUGCCAGCGCAGCAGGCCUGCAGAUGCUGAUUGAGGACGCGGCAUCUGAGCAGCUACUCGCCGCCUUUAGGCUACUUCGCGCACUCUCGCUCUGUGUCGUGUUGAGCGGAGAGGCAGCCACGCUUCCUCGCUGUGCGGCGGCCGUAUCAAGCGUCUCCUCAGCAGUGGGCUCUGCAGUAGAGUGGCUGAGGCAUGGCGCGCCACUCGACGGCUCUUUGGUCGGCACGCGCCUCGCGGCAAGCGAGUUUGCGAUGACCGAGGACGGCUUCUCAAGCGGCCAAACUGCAGAGGGCAUCGUUGCAGAAACUCUGGCACGUGCGUACCGGCAUCAGCUGAGCACGUUGGAGCAACUCGUCUGGUGCACUGAUGCAGACGCCGCCGAGCUGGGAAGGUGCGCGCUACGCACGUGGGUGCUGUGCAUCGCGUUGAGUCUGGAGAAGACAAAUGGGGCGGAACUGACAGGAUCUGCAGGGACUCUGUCAAGCGUUGACGAGGCAGUUGCACAGCUUAUUGUGAGCGCGUGCCUGCAGCAGGGCACAGUGCCAUCCGUGGUCGCCGGGGAGCUUGCCGGGACGAGGGGCGGUGUGCCACUGGCAUCUCUGAAAGCACGUGUCGGUUCCUCUCUUCAGCGGCGUCUUGUGUGGGUGACUCGUAGUAGCAUGUGCGGCUCACCGGCACAUCCACGGCACGGCGGAGGUGACGUGCUAGAUGGUGCUGCUGACGCCUACCUCAGGAGCUCGUCUGUGUGGGCCCCGCUACGGCUGUGUCCGCCAAACCAGUGCGCCUUUCUGUGCCGCUUUGUCCUCGCCGCUGCCAACACUUAUGGUAUGCUGAAGAAGAGUCUACUGUGGGCCUCGCUAGUGCCUCUGCUGAUGGCGGAGUUAAGGGCUGUCGAGGGCCCUGUGGAGGUGCCAACGUCCACGACUGGGUCACCUGUGUGGGACAUCGAUGCCGUGAGCGUGACGUGCAACAGCGCUGGCCGCCAUGUGCGCAUUGCGGAGGAGCUGCUUCUCCCUGUGCUGCUGCAUGCACUGUGCUUGCGCGAGAGCGAAGGGCAUCGUGCAAUUCGACAAGAGUGGAGCCGGCAGCUGGAUCGGCACGUCUUUCAGCAGGCGGAGCGCUGCGCGCAUACCGCACGCCUUUUCCUUCAUGUUCUUGAGCAGUGCCGUGUGGUGCUACUGCGCGCCACGCGCCAACGUGGCCUCAAAGGAGCCACAGUGGUGCCGCCUGGUCGUGCCAAGGCAGCCCCCUGUUCCCUUGCAGGAGCGGCCUCAGAGGACGACGCCCAGGUCGAGGCGGUUCCUUGGCCAUCGAUCCUCGGCUCUGUUCCGUCCUUGCAGGACAUGCAAGAGUGCUACUGGCUCGGCGACAUUCCUGCAGUACGCCUUGCUCGUGCUGCGGAGCAAGUAGGCGAGCCGCAUGUUGCUCUCCUCUUUUCUCAGCUCAGCGGCGAGUCUCUUUACGGACCGCGAACCGGCGCUGCAGCGCUCUGUAAGGAAGCGGAGACGACACGAUCGGUCGUGAUGCUUCGCGAUGGUGCCAGUGCCAGCGAAGCGGUGCUGACAGUGUCAAGCGCACCCUACUCGGUGCUGUUCCCGUUUGCCAAGCCUAGCGACUAUCCCUCCAGCGCGUCUGUGUCGCACGCAGGCAAUUCUGGCGUAGCCCGCAGCGGUGGCCGCGCCCGUGAACGUCACGACGCAGUACGGCAGAAGACUCGAUCGUUUGCGGAGGACAUAUUCGACUUGUACGCGUCGGUGCAGGAGCAGCUGGAUCUGGAUGAUGUCGUGGGGGUCUCGCUCAUGAUGCGCUUGCAGUCCUGCACACACACUCGACCACCUAGCAACGCUGUGCGAUGGAGUCUCUUGAUGGGCAGCAGCAAUGCAGCUUGUGCAAGCUUCCUUGGCGCGGAGCGCAGUCGUUCCAGUGGCAAUGUCAUCCGCCGCGUCGCGCGUUACCGCGAAAGUGGCGUCCCUUCCGCAGUGUCCGCUGGCAGCGGGGUGGACGAUGAACUAGGCGCUGCCCCUUCCGCGGCGGCUGCCUGGUUGGACGAGCUGCGUUUCUUGGAGGAGAGCGAGACCCGCCGCACCAACAGCAGUCUGUGGAGUGGUGACGACCCCAAUGCUGGCGCGGGGGUUGAUUACGAACUCGAUGGUGCAACUACAGAUGCCGCAAGGCGCAGUGUCGCGCUGCGGAGUGACGUGCAGGGAUGUCGACCCGACCCUUGGGCAGCACACUUACUGCGUGCUGCGCUUCUCCUUCAGCACGGCUUUCCCUCCACGGCAUUGGACGUUUUGCUGAGCCUGCAUCCGGUCAAGCGGCAAUGCGCAGCCGCCGUGUGGCAUCGUAGCCACAGUGGCGCUGAGGAGUGUAGCGUCACGGGUGACGUGGUGCGCAAUUUCUGUGUUCCUGAGAGCGCGGCCGGCAGCGGAUCGACAAUGCCAGAGGCGGCCGCUCUUUUCACAGGCACAGCCGGUGGUGCCGUCCACAACGCUGCUGCUGACACCGACACGGUGUCGUCGUGGACGUCUGCUCACGAGGCAUCGCUGCAGGCCUUACUCGCUGAGGCCGCCUGGAAGUGCGGCCGGUGGUCCCGUGGCAAUGGAGACACUCCCGACUGCCCCAGCAACUGCCCAGCCGAGGGCGUGCCACGCGCGGUGCUCGAUCGCCUUUUGCUGGGCGGGAAUACGGCGGCGCCAGAGUCCCGUGCAGCGCCAUUGAGGUCAGCGUCGUCUGGGGCGUUUUACGUUCAUCUUCUCAAUGCUUUUGUUGCCCUCACGAAUGGGCAACCGCUGUUGAGCGUGCAGCACGUCCGCCGCGCCGAGUCGGCCCUGCGUCAGCGGCUGUCACCCAGCGCCUUUGUGGCCGUUGUCAUCGCCGCAGAGGCGCUCAAUGAAGUACGCGACUGCGCGGUGCGCUUCAUGGCAGCCCAUUCAGCUGCGGGGAAGCGCAGUACGGGGGCGCCAUCGCGUGGUCGUGGCGCUGCGCUACAGUGGAAGCAAGGCGACUGUGUAGUCAAGCUUCCCAUGUGGCUUCAGAGCAUAGCUGGCGGCUCGGUAAGUCGAGGGCCAGGCAGGGACGCUGCCGAGUUGGCGACUGCACAGGUGCCGUCCACUGUUGAAUACACCUCCAGGAAGCUGCUGAACUCCGUACGCCACGCGUUGUGUCAGGUCUACGGUGAUGGCGCGGCCUGGUAUCAAUUUAUGCUUGGUGCGACAGAGCAGGCGCUGUUGAAUCACGACGCGGCAACGGCGCACCGUUGGCUGAGGGACUGGAAGGAGCAGCACGCCAGAGGUAUGGAUGGCGAAGGUGGCCAGGCAUCGCCAUCAUCAGCGAUCAGAGACACCACCACCGCAGAGUCAUGGGGUCACGAGGGCCAAGUGGGUCUAGUACUCCGUACGGCACAAGUUGCCUACGGCCUCGGCAAGUGGCAAGAGGCCUUAGCACUUCUUCAGCCAGCAGCAGCAGCAGCGGCGGUGCCCGGGGAAGUAGACGCCACACACUCUAAUGUCACCCUACUGCGUACCGCACCCUGGCAUGCGCCCCAGGACCCGCGCGUGAUACAGCAGCUGAUGCUCUGGCACAGGGAACUCCAGCUGCUGCCGCCGUCGCAGCUCGUACGUGAUCCAUUUCUAUCUCGUGCGGCGGCUUCUGACAACAGUGGCACCUGCAGUUUCUUGCUGGCGCGUCUGUGUCACACACUCGCAGACGACAUUGCCGCUCGAUUGACAAGCCACGAGCAUCAGCAGCUCUGCGAGAGCGUGGAGGAGUCGAAGCGGCUCAAGGCGGACCUGGAAGCGCAGCUGGAGGCGGCGACGCAGCCAAGCAUGGGACGGGCUGCUGUACCACUUCACCGUCCGCCCGGUGUGGCGGAGCUCGGUGCGACGGCUGGGGCCACGACUGUGGCGGUACUGCUUGGGCAGGCAAACUCCGGUAGUGUGGCACCUCUGAGAAGAGUGCGUGGUCGCUCUACUGUGCUUGAUGGGACUGUUGGGGCCGUACCAUUGGUACUCCUCAGCGAAGACCAACUGCGCGUCAUACGGCGACGCAUUCGGGAGCUUGCAGCUGAUAUCAAGCGGCUUGAAGACGAGUGGCAGCGCGAGAAGUCAAACUUUGGACUCUACCGCCGCAGCGCUCUAAACGCCUACUCACGGUUUCUACAGUUUCACCAAGCGGCACGGCAGGGUGCGGCUCGCGGCGUCACCGGACAUGCACACUGCGGCGCGGCUGCCUCCCCGGAGGUGCAGUGCCUGCCGGUGGACCAUGAGGAGGACGUUGUGCACGCUGUGUUUGGGUUUGUGGAGCUCUGGCUGAGUGUCGCAGACAUGGAGCCGGGCGGUGGCGAGGUGUUGAGCAAAGUGCUUGACAAAGCGGUGGAGCGAAUUCCAACCGCAGUGUUUGUGCCUCUGGCGGGGCAGCUCACUGCGCGGUUAGGUGGCCAGCAUGAAGAGGAGCGGCUGGCCUUCCUUGUUGCGCGGAUCGCGCGUGAUUACCCGAUGCACAUCGUGUGGCCGCUGUUGGCCCUCUACCACGGCCACACAUUCGCCAAAUCGCGAGAGGUCAACACACUGCACAUGGCGGACGAGGCGAAGAUCACGGCAGCGCGUCAGCUCCUCGCUGGGCUGGUCUCCGCACAGAGCACAGACAGCGGCGCGAGUCGCAUUGACCACAGAGCAUCGCCCGCCGCGCCGCUGUCGACCCAGAUCCAGCACGCACAACUGCUGAGCUCAGCGUACCUGGAGCUGGCGUUUGACCGCAGCGCCACCACAGCUCAGACGGACAAGCGCCACACCAUUGGCAAGGACUUCAUGUUGGUCAAGGAUGCGUGUCAUUUGGUGAUCCCCCCACCCAGCUCCGUGGACCCCUCCGUCAUGCCUGCCGUCGCUGGAGGGGCCGCUCUCGCGGUGCCGUGUGUGUCGCGGUAUCGCAACUACUUCACGACGCCUGGUGGGGUGAACGUGCCGAAGGUGCUGCAGUGUGAGCUGAGCGACGGCACUGUCGUCCAGCAACUACUGAAGGCUGGCGACGACCUGAGACAGGACGCACUCAUUGGGCAGGUCUUCGCCACCGCCAAUCGUCUGUUUCGUCGGCGCUCAGCGACGCGGCAGCUGCACAUUCACACCUUCACCAUUGUGCCACUGGCUCCAACGGCCGGGAUCCUGCAGUGGGUGGAACACACCAUUCCACUCGGCGAGUACCUGACGGGCCGUUAUACAGGGAGGGAGGAGCUGCCUGGCGCUCAUGAGCGGUACUUCCCUGGUGAGCCGACCACGCGGGAGUGCCGGGCGCAGCUGCAGAACGCCCCGCAGAGCAGCAAGUGCAAAGUGCUGCUGAGCCUGUACGAGAAGUUCACACCCGCCCUUCACUACUUCUUCUUGGAGGAGUACUCAUCCGCCCCGACGUGGGUGGAUCGGCAGCAAACCUUCACCCGCAGCGUCGCUGCCUCGAGCAUCGUGGGCUACGUGGUCGGGCUGGGCGAUCGGCACAUCAACAACAUACUUCUGCAGAAGGGAACGGCAGAGGUGGUGCACAUCGACCUCGGCAUCGCCUUCGAUCAAGGCAGGCUGCUGCCCGUGCCGGAGCUCGUCCCGUUUCGGCUCACACGCAACAUCAUCGACGGACUCGGUGUGCGUGGCACGGAGGGAAGCCUGUGCCCCUGUGCGGAGGCAGCGAUGCAGCUGUUGCGCGGCAAGCGUGAGCUAAUUCGUACGAUAUUGAGCUCCAUCAUGCACGAUCCCUUGGCGCGGUGGGUCGUUGGCUCGCCAGCGCACUCGAGCCGCGUGAUAGGUGACGGCGCCAACACCACCAGUGGUGACGGAGUCGGUGAUGCGCCACAGUGCAGCAGUGCACGGCAACCUGCGCCUGUGCGGACGCAUGGCAGUAGUGCCGAUGCCGCCCGCACCCUUUCCCGUAUCGAUGCGAAGCUGCGCGGCUACGACGGUGGCGACAUACUCAGCGUUCCAACGCAUGUGCGCAGGCUGAUUGAGGAGGCGCAGCAAGUGGAGCGUUUGGCGGUGAUGUUUCCCGGCUGGUCACAGUGGGUGUAA